AUGGCUAGGGACCCGUGGAACGAUGGAGAAGCUCUCUCCGGUAGAACUGUCAUCGCCCCUCUGGCCGGCGACGAGGAGCGACCGUACACCGACGAGCCAGAUGGAAUUCAACAACUAGGCAUGUCUGGAGGCGUUGAACAUUCAUCCACUGCCUUUCCCAUCCCGGUUUGGCUGGCUGAGUCCUCAAAGUCUUUCUACUGGAAAUGGGUACCGCUAUCCCUGCGGAAAGUCGGCCGCUCGACCGUCAAAUGGCUCAAGGGCCCCGACCCCCCUCGAGUCCUGCUACUGGACCCGCUCUUCCCUAGCAUUCAGUCUGCUCCCGUCAAGCUGGUAGACCGAUUCUUUCCCAAACGGAAAUACAAGAUUGGUCUGCUGUUGGCGCUGUACUUCAGUUGGUUCCUCCCCUGGGCGUUGAUUCUGCGACAUUCAGCUUCCGGCGGCUUUAUCGAGGGCUAUGGGAAACCAUCUCCGAUUUCAUGUCGUCAUAGCCACUGGUUUCCAGGAAACGAAUGUGGGCUGAAUGGUUAUGAAUGUCGACCAUUUAACGCCUCAACUUUUGCUUUUCGAUGUCCUGCAUUCUGCACCAGCUCUCUUGUCCUUAAACCGUACACGGUGGGUAAUGAAACAGUCAGCUACCGGCCUCUUGUUGUUGGUGGCCCCGCUCCUGGCUCUUCCAGCGAUGCCUAUGAAAAUGCCAUCUAUCGGGCAGAUAGUCAUGUUUGCCAAGCUGCAAUCCACGCUGGUGUGGUCAGUGACUCGACAGGUGGCUGUGGAGUUAUCGAGCUGACUGGCGCUGGUCACUCGUACUACGCCAGCAAGGCGCAUAGCAUUGCUUCGGUUGGCUUCCCUUCAACGUUCCCGAAAUCAUUUAGAUUCCUACGGCUGUCAGCCUCGCAGGCUGAUUGCCCUGGAGAUUUGCGAUGGCCGCUCUUUGCCAUCACCGCCACUGCUAUCGUUCUUGUCUCUGUCUUCACCACCUCACCCGCAGUGUUUUUCUUCACUACGUUUUUCAUGCUCAUUCUUCACGUGGGGCUCGUGUCUGACCCGCCCGACCUGCCUCGGGUUUCGGACCUCUUUUCUCUCCUAUGUUCCAGACUUCUCCCCGCAAGCUUCAUCGCAUACGUUCUCUAUAUCUACUGCGCACGUCCUCUCUUAACACCACUAGCCGCACCUCCAGUUUACCAAUUCAGUAAAACAAUCCUCUACUUGGGUCCCGCUUUCAUUGGCGCUCUCAACAACUACACUUUCGCACAAUGGAUACCUAUCCAACGCCUGACCCCGCACGACAUCAAAUCCCAACCUGGCGCCCCCAUCGCACUGGCCAUCGUGGUCACCAUCGUCAUCUUAAUUGUUCUUGGCCAGGCCUGGCACAUCCGUCAGGGCGGGCGCUUCUUCCACUACCUCAAGAUCUACAUCUGUAUCGGCAGCGGCUUAAUCUUCCUCCUUGUCCUCCCACAAUACCGCCUGCGAAUCCACCACUACAUCCUCGCCAUGCUACUCAUGCCCGGCACCGCAUUCCCUAUUCGCCCAUCAAUCAUAUACCAGGGCUUGCUCCUCGGCCUCUUCGUUAACGGCGUCGCCAGAUGGGGCUUUGCAUCCAUAAUCGAAACGCCAAGUGCGCUGGGCGAAUUACCCGGAGUUGGCGGCAGUAACGGCUGGUGGGGCGCUACGAGUCCCAACAUCACCAAUUCCUCCGUUGUUAUCUCGCUGCCCUCCGACGGAUAUACCGACAGGGGCAAUGGGAACAUCACAUUCCGUCUGUGGGAGCCUGAGCGAAUGGAGAAGCUUGACGUGGAUGGGAUCAGUGUGCUUGUCAAUGAUGUCGAGAGGUGGCGCGGGUAUAUGGAUGAGGAUGUAAAAGGGGAGUUUGUGUGGCAUCGACAUGGCCAUAAGGGAUUGGAUAUUUCAAGACCGAAAACUCCCGAUCGUGGGGAUUAUGGGGAUGAUGUUGACAAUGAUAGUGAUGGCGAUGAUAAGUUUGCCUCGGCGCAAGGAGUUGAUGAACCGGCUCAGGAUUUGUUUUUCCGCUUCGCAUUUUUGAAGGGGUCUAAGCCUGGGCUUUAUGGUGGCGUUGGUGUCUGGAAUAGAGAUGGGAGCUGGAUAAGUCCACCGCCACCGCGGACUUGA